AUGUGGGACGAUACCCGCGGUUGUCGUGCUUGCCUGUGCUUUGAUGCACAUGGGAAUAGGGACGAAAAUGUUCGUGAUGCCGGGUCCGCGAGGCUACGACUUCUGCGGGACGUCCUGAAGAGCCCGCGCCUGGUGGUCGCGCCCAUGGUGGACGCCUCCGAGGCCUGGCCUGGCGCCUCCUGUCUCGGAUACGGAGCCGACCUGUGCUACACGCCGAUGCUGCACUCGCAUGUGUUCGUGAAGGACGCCAGGUACAGGAAGGAAAACCUCGCGUCCUGCCCGGAGGACCGCCCCCUCAUCGUGCAGUUCUGCUCCAACGACCCCGAGACCUUCGUGCAGGCGUGCAAGCUGGCCGCGCCCCUCUGCGAUGCCGUCGACCUCAACCUCGGCUGCCCCCAGGCCAUAGCCCGGCGCGGCCACUACGGCGCCUUCCUCCAGGACGAGUGGGACCUCCUGAAGACUAUGAUGACCCGAGCAUCCUCCGAGGUGGACCUUCCCAUCACGGCCAAGAUCCGGGUGUUCGAGGACGAAGCGAGGACGGUGGAGUACGCCAAGAUGCUGGAGCGCGCGGGGGCCUCCCUCCUCACCGUCCACGGCCGCACGCGAGACCAGAAGGGGCCGCUGACGGGGCUGGCGUCGUGGUCCCAGAUCAAAGCCGUGAAGGACGCCGUGUCCGUGCCCGUGUUCGCCAACGGCAACAUCCAGUACCUCUCCGACGUGGAGCGGUGCCUGCGGGAGACGGGCGUGGACGGGAUCAUGAGCGCGGAGGGCAACCUGUACAACCCCGCCCUGUACACGGGUCGGCAGCCGCCCGCCUGGGACAUGGCGCUGGAGUACCUCGAGCUCGCCCUCCAGUACCCGUGCCCGACCAGCUACGCCCGCGGACACCUCUUCAAGCUCUUCCACCACUGCCUGUGCAUGCCGGAGAACUUCGACCUGCGGUAUCGACUCUCCAAGACGUCGACGCUGGAGGAGAUGGUCGUGGUGUCCCGGGACCUGCGAGAUAGGAUGAUGCCCUACCACACCGGGGAGAAGCCGUGGGAACCCGAUCCUGAGAGCGACCAGGCCAAGCUGCCCUUCCCCCCGUGGGUGUGUCAGCCCUACGUGCGCAUCCCCCCCGAGGAGCACCUCAAGAAGAUCAAGGAGAGCCAGCGGAAGGCGCAGGAGAAGCGGCAGCAGGAGGAGACGGAGGAGGACAGAAUAGAAGCUCAGAUCAUAUCUUUUAUUAAAUGCUGUGAUAUCCUUGGCCCGUAUGGUUUUGUUAGAUUAAUUGCAGUGCAGCUGAGCGGGGGAUCUGCGCUGCCAAGAGGAUUAAACUGCUUUGGAAAGAGUGCUGUUCGAUUGUGUCUGAGAUGUGUUAAAGGGAUAGUGGAAGAUGUGUUGGGAGGAUCGGGCGGGCGCUGCGUACACAACAUGUGCCGAGCCUGCUGCCGCGUGAAGUGCUACACGGAGGGCCUCGACUGCCCCGGCCACCGCAUCCUCGUCAAAACCAAGCGAGAGAAAGCCGCCAUCUACUACGGUCAGCUGGCGAAGCUCAAGGAGGAGGAGGAGAAGCUGCAGCAGGAGGAGGCCUCAGGCCGAUCUGACGAAGUACAAAAGGAAUGUGAGAAGAACGGCGUCGUUAGGAAGGAGGGCGAGGUAGAAGAAGAAGGAGGAGGAGGAAGAGGGAAGAAGGAGAACGCGGCGGAGAUAGAAAACGGGUUCGAGAAUGGGAAUAAGAAAGAAAACGGGAGUUUCGCCCCCGAGGCAUCAAAGAAAACGGAGGCGGAAGGCAUGUCGAAGCACCAACCACUCCAGAAUCUACCUCAAGAAGCUCAAGAAGUUCAAAGCAAUACAUGCAACACUUGACAUAAUGGGAAGUACAUGUAAAAUAAAAUAAAAUGUUUCUUUGCAAUAAACUUUUUAAUAUUU